GAAGAAAAACAAUCGGGAGAGGGAGCUGGCCGGCGGCACCUGCUGCCCGAGGGGGGCCGAUUGGGCCAGGACAGGCUGCGGCGGGGAGACGCGAGCCGGCCGGGCCACCGCGUGGGGACGAUGGCGGCCAUGAACCCACAGACCGAGCUGAGAGUCAGGACGCUCAGCAUACAUGUCGUGACAUGGAACGUGGCCUCUGCAGCACCUCCUCCAGACCUCAGUGAUCUGCUUCAGCUGAACAGCCUGAACCUGAAUCUGGACGUGUAUGUCAUUGGUUUGCAGGAAAUGAACUGUGGGAUCAUGAGCCUCCUUUCUGACACUGCCUUUGAAGACCCAUGGAGCAGUUUCUUCAUGGAUGUGCUUUCCCCUCUGAGCUUCGUCAAGGUCUCCAGUGUCCGCAUGCAGGGGCUCCUCUUACUGAUCUUUGCCAAGUAUCAGCAUUUGCCCUUUAUCCAGAUCCUCUCUACUAAAUCCACCCCCACUGGCCUCUUCGGGUACUGGCGGCUGGAGCACUUUGACCGGAUCCUGGAGAUGCAGAAUUUUGAGGCACAGGAUAUCCCCAACAUCCUGGACCACGACCUCAUUCUCUGGUUUGGAGACAUGAACUUUCGGAUUGAGGACUUUGGGUUGCACUUUGUUCGGGAAUCCAUAAACAAUCAGUGCUACAGUGACCUGUGGGAGAAGGAUCAGCUCAGCAUUGCCAAGAGACACGACCCGCUGCUCCGGGAGUUCCAGGAGGGCCCCCUGCUCUUCCCGCCCACCUACAAGUUUGAUAAGAACUCCAACAACUAUGACACCAGUGAGAAAAAGCGCAAGCCCGCGUGGACCGACCGCAUCCUGUGGAGGCUGAAGCGGCAGCCCCAGGCCGCCAUCCACACUCCGACGCUGUCAGCCCCCCACUUCACCCUGUUUCUGAGGAGCUACGUCAGCCACAUGCUGUACAGCAUCAGUGACCAUAAGCCUGUCACUAGCACCUUUGACUUGGAGCUGAAGCCAUUGGUAUCUGCCCCACUGAUCACCCUGCUGCCCGAGAGCCCGUGCACCACGGAGAGCGACAUGCUGAUCAGCUACUCCCUGACCGCAGACUUCCUCAGCAGCCCCUGGGACUGGAUUGGCCUGUACAAGGUGGGGCUGCGCCACAUUAAUGACUACGUGUCGUAUGUCUGGGUCAGGGACAACCAGGUCUCCUUCAGCGACGGGCUGAACCAGGUGUACAUCGACAUUAGUGACAUCCCUGAGACUGAGGAUCAGUUUCUCCUUUUUUACUAUAGCAACAACCUACAUUCUGUGGUGGGGAUAAGCACACCCUUCAAGAUCCAGCCUCGCUCCUUCUUGGUGGAGGGCCCCCUGGAUGAAGCCCAACCACAGAUCUGAGCCGGGAUAGAGUGAAUCCAGGGCGGAGACUGGAGCUGGCAGCCAGCUCUGCCUACCACUGCCAGGAGUGCUGGGGGCCCAGCCCAGCCCCCUGAGGAGGCAGCGGUAUCCUCCACCUCCCAGGGGGACCUCUAGCCACACUCCUUUGCUCUCUCCAGUCCAGAUCUCUGGAAUCGGCCCCUUAAAUACAGGUUUUUGUUGCUGAGGUGUGAGUGAAACCAGCUAGUUUGUCAACAGUGAAGAUCUAGACAGUCCACUGGAUGUGGGAAGGACCCUCCGGCUUGUGUCUCAUUUCUUGAUUUCCCCCACACACACUUCCAGUCCCGCCCAAGCAGGCCUGACAGGCACAUGCCCCAUCUGGCACAGGCCUGCAUUCUUGUCACGCCACCCUGGGCCUUAGGCUGCCUGGGAGGGGGAGAUGCUCCCAUUUGUACAGGCUGCAGAGACUGGUUGGCCCACAUAGCACUGGGUUCCAGGAGUCUUGGCAUCUCGUCGCCUGUACCCCUGAGGGGUGGGCAGAGGAUCUGGGAUCCCUGCUUUCAGCAGAAGCAGAUGACUAAGUAGACAGGAUGGAGGAGCCCUCUACCCAGGCUCUUCUGUAGGGGUUGUGGGCAGGCUGAUGUGUGUCCUUCUGCCAGCAGCACACACACCCCACCCCCACCGCCGGCUCAAGGAGUUCAACUCAGGAAGUCCCAGGGUCUGAGCAGAGGAUUGGACCCAGGUUCGCUUCUGCUAGUGGGUCAGGCUCCAUGCCCCCAACCUGCCCUCUUGUGAAGGGCUGGAAGGUGAUAGAGGACCUACAGCCACAGACUUUUCCAGGGUGGUCCUUGCCCCGUCCAGGUCGUCUUCCCCUACCCUCGCCUGCCAUCACAGGCCAGAAACCUGCCCUUUGUCUAGACCACUCUGGGACCUAGAAGUGGGGGCAGGCAGAGAGGAGAGUCAGAAUCAAGAUGUUCUGGAGAAUCUGGCCCGGGGGUCUUCAGAGAGCAUUCUCCAGGUGCUGUGUGGACAUGGCCCGGCCCCACUCCCACCAUUUGCCUCCAGCCACCGUUGAUGCUGCAUCCUGUUUCCGAGGAGAAGACACCUCAGGGAGCCUGCUCUGUGACUAUUAACGCCCAGCCUAUGACCUGAGACUGGGGGACACUCCAGUUGCUCUGCAUUCCUACUUCACCCUGGGAGCCAUCAGGAACUAUCCCUCUGGCUUCUAGCAGGCCAUGGCCAUCUGUGUUCUGUGGCCGUUGCAUUGGGGGAUAAUUAGAAACAUGGCUUUUA